AGUGGAGUUCUUCCCGAGGGAGUCCAUCUCCGGCCAAGCCUAUCUCGCUUCGCGGAAGGGUCGCUUCUCCCUCGUGGCCUUUUUCUGCGCUCUGCUGUUUCCGCCAUGGCGGACGCUGAGCCGACGGCGGCCGCGCGGUCGCUCACCGAAGACGAAAUGGCGGAGGUGAAAAAGGAAGUUUUAGAACGAUUACGCCGCUAUCUGUGUGACAAAAUAAUUGCAGAAAGACACUUUGACUAUCUACGUUCAAAGAAAAUACUGAGUAGAGAGGAUACUGAAGAAAUCUCUUGUCGAACCUCAAGUAGGAAAAAGGCUGGGAAACUGCUGGAUUAUUUAGCAGAACAUCCAAAAGGACUAGACACUUUGAUAGAAUCUAUCAAAUGUGAAAAAACACAAAACUUCCUGUUAGAAAAAAUAACUGAUGCCAUCUUGAAAGCAAAAAAUGAAAAACUUGAAAGUCUUAAAGGAACACGUUGUAACAACUGCAUGGCUUCAGUAUGUGAGCAAGCAAACAAUCUCUCUAGAUCGCAGUCAAAUGACUCUAAUUUUUUUGAAAAACAAAGACACAGAGAAAACACCUACCUUCAUCCAGAAGAAUAUAGUACAGCUCCUUUUGUAUCUGCCUCUUCUCUUUAUUCAAUGAAUUUACCUAUUACAGAGGUUGGAAACAUGGAAAAUUCUGUUUUCUCUACUCUUCCGGGACCUGGAGAUCCUGGAGCGCCUCCUAUUCCAACAGAAUUGCAGAGUGAGCAAGAGGAAAUAUCCACCACUUCUAGUGACAAUCCCUUUCUACCUUUACGAUCCCGCUCAAUUCCUCCAUAAUGGUUUUUUUUCUUGAAUCUUUGAAAAGAUAAUAAUGCUGAAUGUUGCCUUAUAUAAUUUUGCAAAAAAAUGUUUCUUUAAAAUUUCUUAUUUUACUUGGUUGUACUACUUUUGAAAACUGAAAGUAGGUAUUUUCAAAAAAUAUUCAUGUUUAACUAAUCAUGAAGCUGCUUGUAUUAUGCAAAUUAUAAUACAGUCCUGUACAUAGAUAUUCAGAAGUAAGCCUCACUGAUUUCAAAGGGAUUUAUAGCUAAGUAAAUAGUAGCAUUGCUAUAUUGAAAAACAAUAUGGGAAUACUUAAAAGAUUUAAUAUAUUUCUACACUUUAGUAAAAAGUUUACUACGUUCAUCGGUUCAUAAUGUCAGACAAUUUAUUUUCUUACAUAGUGGUGGAAGACAAAAUAGUUGCAGAAAUUAUGUCACAUAGAAUCCUGACUACUGAACUAAAAGGUUUAUCUAAUUAUGCAAAUCAAUCACAAGGACAAUUAUUUAGCGUAAGAGAAACUCCAGUUUAAGGUUUUCUCUUACAGUUAUUACAUUAGAAUAAAGUUUUCAACUGACCACUUAAUGUUCAGAAAAUAUUGCAUUCUGUUUGAACAGAAGGAUCAGGAAGUAAUGAAAACCUUAGCAAAGAGGGGGGGGAAAUCUCCUGAAUUACAGUAUUAUGACUAUAUCUAUGAAGAUUGAUUGGCCUCAUAUUAUAUAGGUGCUCCCUGUUUUAACAACUGCUUGUUCACUGACCUGCUAAAUGAGUUUUAGAAUAAACUAAAUCUGAAUCUGAGUGGUACUUAAUCAAUCCAUGAAAUUCUGACUGUUGUGGCACCCCUGCAGUCACAUGAAUGUAAUCCAGGCACUCGGCAAGGGGCCUAGAUUUCCAAUCAUCACUGCAUCCCACAGUCAUAUGAUCCCAAUUUGCUUCCUUCCUGCCUGUUUCUGACAAGAAAAGUUGAGGAAUUGCAAUAAUUUGCAGUCCUUAUUUAAUAAUGUAACUAGCGACUUCUGGAACUGCCGAUAACUAAUCAGUGUGGUCAUGUGAUGUACUUUAUGAUUGCAUCACUUGAUGUAAAAUCUUAAUUAUGGCUUUUAAGCAAGUACUGUCUUUUAUUCUGAAUCAUUGAAUUCUCCAAGUACACUUUGAAAAUGAUAGCAAUUAAGAAAUCCCUUUUGAAUUAGGGAGUUUAUAAAAUGUUAGGCAUUAAAUGUAUAUAUUUCUUUAAGAACUGGAGCUUAAAAUAUCUGUAGCAUGCUUACUUGAUAGUCAGUUUGAACUCAGUGGAGCUUACUUCUAGUUUGAGUUUGCACUUUUACAAUCUUGAGAAUAUUUCUAAAAUGAAACCUCAAUUUCUAUGUUUAUUUCUCAAGGUGAAACAAUGUUGUAUUGGACAAAUAAUUUCUACUAUGCCAUCUCAGGGAGUAUAAAAUCAUAUAUCAAUAUUGUUUUCUCAUGGUUUGAGGUGCAACACUGUAAAGAAGAGAUUCACUGAAAAGCAUAUUUAUUUUCUAGGUAGCAUAAAAGCAUUUCUUUCUCUUCAUCUUUUGCCAUUUUUGUUUCUUGGACUUCUUAAAGUACUGUUUCUUGGAAACAAUACUUUAAAUUAAAUUCAAAUUUUACUAUCCAAAAGCAAAACAACUUGAGUGGGGCUUCUGGGACAGCAAAAGAUUUAUUAAAAAAUGUUCUUCUACAACAUUUUGGAUGAAACUGCCACCAGUUAUCUAAAUUAAAUAAGUAGCUUUUUGUUUGCACAUGUUAUUUAGAAAGCUAUCUCACUGAGUUCUACAGAACGUGUCCCCAGUUAGACACGCAGAAGAUUACAGCCCAGUAUUUUAAGAAGACUAUAUCACGGGUGAUCAGCCUUUUGGCUUGCCUGGGCUGCAUUGAGUGAAGAGGAAUUGUCUUAGAGCAAAUAUAAAAUAUAUAUUUAACGUAUAUAAAUAAUAUAAUGUUAAAGGUUUAUAAUCUUUUGGGGUCAUUUUACUAGCUGUCCAGAGCGAAACCUGUUCUAUAUUAAUUCAAAUUGGUGCUAGGUUGUAGUACAGAGUGCCCUGCCCAUGUUUCAGGACACAACUGUGUCAAGUCACAAUCAAAUCUAACUGAUUGUUAGGUCUUCUGUAAUCUGACCAUUUCUGUUAACAACUUUUUAACUCAAAUGCUACCUCAGCUCAAACUUCCAUGAUGUUUUACAGAACAUGAACUUCCUUUUUUGACUACUAACUGCAGAUAUUGUCAAAUUUAUAAGAAAAUACUGUAUUUGCAUACUUAUGGACUGGUUGCCCCUAAUACUUUGCCAUAUUUUUGUUUAAAAAACUUCCUAGUCCUAGUGCCUUAGUAUUCAGGGUUCUUUCUCUCUAUUGCGCUUCAUUUCAUGUAUGCCAAAACCUGUGUGAAUUAUUAUAGGUACAUAAUGAAAAAUAACAUACUAUUCUAUUAAAUUAAUGUCUUUGAUAAUCAUUAUAUUCUUAAAUGAUACUUUAAAAAAAUAUAUGCUUUAUAUAAAGCAAUGUUGAAUUGGAAAAAUAUUUGGAAGUUUGUGGUUACUGUUUAAUGCUUUACAAAUAUUUACAAGUAGGCAAUCUGUGAAGCAUUUGUAUAAUAAACUGAAUUGAUUUUUUAAAAAUA